AGCCUGAAGCGUUUCAGUGAAUUUGUCCGUCGAUGAUCUUACAUACGACUAGAUUUCUCGUAGUACGUCUACCACAAUCGAUGAUCCAAUAUCCAAACUGCAAGAGUGCAAGUCGACGAACAGCCGUGUUUGGCAUACCAUCCAGAGUAAUUUGUAAACUCUAACCGGGAAAGAAAAAAAAAAAAGGGAAAAGGAAGAAAGAAAUCAACGAUGCUACGCAAUAUUUUUAACAUCGGCAGGUUUCUGUCUAGCUCUCACUGCCGGCCAAUUCGCCCACUACUUUCCACGAGGUGUCUCUCUAUGCAAGAAUGUGGAUCUCCAAAGAUUGUUGGGCCAAUAACUCCAAACAUCCUUAUCCCACUGAUGCCAAAAAUCAGCCCAACCACCCAUGUCAAAAAUGAAGGAAAUAAUAUUCUUGACUUUUGGAAAGUGCCUCAGCAUCUACCAACAUCAACAGGAUUUCCUGUCAUAAUUGAUAUUUCAUUACCCAUUAGUAGCCCAGAUAAACCACAGCUUGAAAAGCAAGCUGCGCGGAUGAUUGUUAUUAGACGAAGGAAAAUGAAAAAGCACAAACUGAAGAAGCUAAGAAAAGUGAGGAAAUUUGAAUAUAGAAGAAUGGCUCUGAAAAGAAAAACCAAAAAAGAAAAAGAUUUUCAGAUGAAACUAAUGGAACAGGUCAAAGAAGCUGAAAAAUUUGAUGCCAAAUCACAUGUUGAGGGCAUCAUCAGAGUAGCAAAAGAAGAUAUUUUGAAAAAACGGCAACCUCAUCCUACUUUUAAGAGAAACCCAUCAUUGUAUGAUGGGAAUGGUAACAGAAUCCUUUUGAAUCAACAUUUAUGUGGAAGGAAAUGACAGAUGCCUUUAUAGAUAUAAAAAUUGGUAAUAAACUAGUUUGAUGUGAAA